CUGGAUGGAACCGAACGUGCAGAUACGCGGGAGACCUUUUAACGGGUUUUAGAAAAGAAAGAAAGAAAAAAAAACAGAACAUUGAACGUAUAUCGAAUUGUAUCACGUUGCAAGAUAUUAAAUGGAAGAGAAAUGUCCAAUUGACGAUUUUGUUUGGUGAGUUUUCGACUCCAAUCAAUUUGACAUUUUAAACUGCGAUUAAUGUUUCAAUAGUCCACAGUGUUCUGGACAGAUCCCACUCCCUCGAGAUGCUGAAUCGUCUGUUUAUGACGUGCUUGCCCUGGAUUAUGCACCCAUUGAAACUGGAAUGAGACUGGCGUUUGCAAAAUGCAAUAUCUGUAUGCUUCUGUGCGCAUUGAUAAACAAUUGGUGUGAAUGUAACAUGUAAAAUAGAAUGCAUCAUGUUGAAUUUCUGUUGUAAAAGAAACGCACCAUCAAAGGAUUCCGAAUGGCUCGCUUCAGGUGUUAGCUCGAGCGGUGCACCUCGCCGAGACGCCGUUUGUCAAGUUUGACAACUGCUGGGAAAACUACUGCAAUCGUAAGAUAUCGUUCGCAUUUUUUAAUUUUCAUCAUGUGAAUAUUUGAAAAAAAGUUUGCUAUGUGUAAUCAACUGCAUACGCUUGAAAGUCCCCUCAGAACUUUGAUGUGCGUGCCUCCACAAAGAGUAUCACAUGAUCGCAUGCUUUCCUGCUAUCAGCGCAAGGAUUUUUGAUUUAUGAAAAAAGCUAUACAUGACAAUGGCAUAUUUUAAGUUACAGUACAAUAUGCGAUGGCUUUAGAGAAAGGUGAUAGACAGAGAGUGGCUGGUAGAGACUGCGUGUUACAGUUUGUACUUAUGGCAUGAAAAAUACCUUCGGGCUGCCAUGGAUGACAAGUCCAAUAAGAUGAUCUUGGUUCCGAUUUUAGCUGUUCUUUUUGUGAUGAUAGGGUAUCAGUAUAUUUGCCCCGCUGGUAGUAACUCCUGCCACUUCAGGACUGGGGAGAAGUUGAUGGGGGUGACUCCUCCAUCAACCCAAUAUCCGCUAAGUGACGACUUCUAUCGGGACCAAGAGCUGGAAGACGACUGCCCACCGAAAUUUCUGUCCAGAUUUAACUUCACCGAGAGAGACCUAAAGCGGCACGUGGAUUUUGAUAUCAGAGGAAACGACGUGAUUGUGUUUCUGCACAUCCAAAAAACCGGGGGGACCACGUUUGGCAGACACUUGGUCAGGAAUAUUCGCUUAGAGCAGCCGUGCGACUGCAAACCGGGACAGAAGAAAUGCACGUGCCAUCGACCCGGUAAAGAGGAGUCCUGGCUGUUCUCGAGAUUUUCCACCGGCUGGAGCUGCGGUUUGCACGCCGACUGGACCGAGCUCACCAACUGCGUGCCGGUCAUCAUGGACAAGAAGGAAGCGCAGAGAAACCGAAGGAACUUCUACUACAUUACAAUGCUGCGGGACCCGGUCUCUCGCUACCUGAGCGAGUGGAAGCACGUGCAGCGCGGCGCCACCUGGAAGACCUCCCUGCACAUGUGCGAUGGGCGGUCGCCCACGCAGGACGAGCUGCCCACCUGCUACAGCGGGGACGACUGGUCGGGCGUCACCCUGAUGGAGUUCAUGGCCUGCCCCUCCAACCUGGCCAACAACCGGCAGGUGCGCAUGCUGGCCGACCUGAGCCUGGUGGGCUGCUACAACCUGUCGUCCAUGAACGAGAGCGAGCGCAACCACAUCCUGCUGAGCAGCGCCAUGGGCAACCUGCGCAACAUGGCCUUCUACGGCCUGACGGAGUUCCAGCGCAAGACGCAGUACCUGUUCGAGCGGACGUUCAACCUGCGCUUCAUCUCGGCCUUCACGCAGAUCAACAGCACGCGCGCCGCCAACGUGGACAUCGGCGAGGACGUGCGCCGCCGCAUCGAGGAGCUCAACUUCCUGGACGUGCAGCUGUACGACUACGCCAAGGACCUGUUCCUGCAGCGCUUCCAGUUCACCCGGCAGCGCGAGCACCUGGAGGAGCGGCUGAAGCGCCGGGAGGAGCGGCGCUGGAUGAGGGAGCAGAGGGUCUUCCUGUCCAAGCGUCGCCGCAGCGAGCAGGACGCCACCGCCACAGCCGCCACCACGGAGGACUACGCCAGCCAGGUGGCGCGCUGGUGAUGGCUCCCCAGUGAGGGGGGGUGGGGGUUGGGAGCACAGAAUGCCGCAGUGCAAACGGACCACCCCGGGCCCUCCUUCCCUCUCCUUCGCACACCCUCUAUGUUCCUCUCUUUCUACCUGUCUCUCUCUCUGUUUUUCCCUUUCCCCUCUCCCUAUCUCAUCUUCAGUGUAAUCUUAUCUCUACCCUACUCCAUCACAAGCUCACCAGGCCUGUGAUUCUCACCAUUCCCUCGCCCCCAGACUUGGAGCAUCCUUCAGUGGCUUCAAUUUAAGACCAAACUAUUUAUUUGACUAAACUUGUGACUCGUUAUUUCUUUCGUCCACCUGUGCACUUCAUCCUGCUUUCUACCAUGGGUAUCAGCUACCAUAAAAAUUACUAUGUCUGUUUAUUGACAGUUAAAGAAGCUUGAAGGUGACAUGGCCAAAGAAAGUUGACAGCACUUACAGUCUUUUAUUGCAGAUUGGGAUUUUGAGGGACUGGGGGUAGAUAUCAACCAGCUCUUGUGCAUCUCUUUCUUUUGCAACAAUACAAAACAAUACAACAGAGCAGUUCACUCACAAAGUGGUAACUUCCCAUUUGUUAUGGGAAUGUGAAAAAGAGCCUUUUCCUCAGUGGAAGAUAAGAAGCUCAGGAGUCGUACAGCAGAUGAACAUUUACCCUCCUCAAGCUUUUCACAUGUGGGUUGAAGUCCCAUAAAAUCAAAGGACUGAUGUCAUCACCACCUACAUUGUCACUAUCCACACAUAGAUUUCCAGCAUGAUCAUGAAUCAAUGUUCAUAAAAACCCAGAUUUUGCAUAGUCAAUAAGUCAAACAGGUGCAGUCCCCAUUAGCAUGUGGUGCAAAGUCAAUAUCAAAGCAUACCACCUGAAACAACAGGAACAUGAUUGUCUGCAAAACCAUUGACCAUUUGGACACUUCAAAAUGCCCAGCCCCGAAAAAAUGCUCAUGGUUCAUUUUUUUGCUACUGUUCAGAUUUGCUUCCUUAAAUCAGUAUGGUUUGGAUCAUGCUGCAGUGCUGGUAGUGUGGAAUUUGUUAGCAGUAAGUGGAGUGAAAUAUUGCUAGCCUUUGUGUGAUCCUAUGCAUCUGCUCACUGUAUGUGAUAUGCUUUAAUUAAGUGCUGAAUGUUAUAUAACGAUUAUAAACAUCGUUUCACACAUACACACACACACACACACACACACACACACACACACACACACACACACACACACACACUCACCUUCCAUCUAUCUAAAUUAUGGGAAAACUGAUGCACAGAAACUGCUGGGUAUCUAUUUCACAGGGAAUGAUUGAUUCAAGAAUGUUUUCUGGCCUGCAGGCCAUGUCGUUCCUGUUUGCCAUCUGUGUAAAUCAGAAUUUGACAAAGUAUGCACACAUACUAACACACAAAUACGCAUACAAACACCCAUAAACACACACACACACACGCCAACUGAAGCCUGAAGCAGCCUCAUUACUCUCCAGGCCAUUGCAAAGCUCAUUCCAUGUUUUUGAUACAGACAAAGGUGACCAUUUACAACAACGUCUUGAGUAUUUUUUUUUUUUUUUUGGUCAUUAUUUUGAGUGAAUUUCUGCAGAAUACAGAGAUAUGAUGAACCAGGGGGAAUGUGGUUUAUGCACACAAGCUUCUAAUGAGGAUAUCAUUACCUCCACCUCCUCCUUGGUCACACAUCAGGGACUGACACGUUUCUGCCAUGUGAGCAUGAGGCAUUGUGGGUCUUUGGUGCAUUUGGAAUUCUUGCCGAAUGCAAUGCGAGAAGGGACUAGCACUGCCUCACGGCACAGGUAGUGCUCUGUCUGUGUGUGGGCCCGGGGAAAGAACAGGAACAUGGAAUUCCCUGUGUUUGAUCAUUCUUUUGGCAAACACACUACAAUAAUGAAAUCACACUCCUAGCAUAGAUAUACAGUUUGUGGACCUAUAUUCAAGGGACAGAAAGCCCUGUUACAUUCCCUGACAAGCACCAUUGCACACCAUUACAGCACUGUCUGACAUAAACCAGCAAAAUGUUUGAGCAUCAAACAAUUCUGUAGCUUGCAUGUGUCUUAUCAACAGUAUUACAUUUUUUUAUUUGAUGUUUAUUGUAAAUUGGGG